UCCCGUCACAUUGUAGAUCCAGAGCGUGGACUUAUUCACAACCAGCAAACCAAUGAAGCAACUAGUUUCCCUCAAGCGCUUACGACUGGUCUGAUCGCAGGUGCCGGAUCAACCUCUCGUCCUUCGCAUAGCUCUCAUAAGAUUGUCGAGCAGAAGCUACAACUAACACCAUUCGCUCCUCAACCUGUUAUACCAUCGAGCAGGAAUGGAAGUGAUAGACAUGAAUAUGUUGACCUCGGGGGUGGCAAGCAGGUUAUGGUCAAGGUCGUGCGAGGAGAAGGCGGUGUUGAAAAAGGAGAGUACGUUGACCCAUCAACCGGAAUGAAGUUUACCAUUCAAAUGCACGGUGAUCCAUUUGUUACUGAGACAAAAACAACAGUAAAGAGUACUUCGCAAGUUCAAUCAGUAGAGCUUGAGCCACAUGCUGAAUUUGUUGGAAUUGAUAGGAUUAGAGAUAAGAGAAACAAUCGCACAAUGUCUUUGGAGGAUGCUAAGAGAAUGGGUCUGGCACGAGUGGACAAGAAAGGCAAGCAAAUGACGAAAACUUAUUCAGUGUUCCGCUCGAAUAUCCAGAACGCCCUCAACAGUGGUGUUCUCGACGCGCACAUGGAAAAGAUUAGUCUUGAGGAUGCAAUUCGGGCGGGUAUAAUAGACAUUCGUGAAUUGAGCUACAGAAAUCCGAAGUCUGGCGAAUCAAUUCCACUAACUCAAGCCGCUAAUAUGGGACUUGUUGAUGUGACGCUAGCUGAAACUUUGCCUAAAGGCGUUUGCAACCCGGCCAACAAUGAGCGGAUACCCAUUAAGAGAGCGAUUGAGUUAGGCAUUGUGGACGCUCGAACAGGUGAAGUCCGCGAUCCUCACACCCGGAAACGUCUCACCUGGCUUGAUAUCAUAAAAUCGGUUUAUCAGGCUAUCACUAGUGACGGAGUAUUCGAUCCUACCAAAGGCCAGCGUAUCCCUGUCACUAACGCUCUCAACGAAGGGUUGAUAGAUACAAAGACUGGAAAGUACCAUAAUCCCAUAACUUCGGAAGAUAUUGAACUAAAAGAUGCCGUUGAUCGAGGUCUCAUUGACAGUGGCACUUAUGAUGCAAUCACCAAGCCCUUCCUGCAGGACUACAGGACAAAUCGCCAUUUAAAUCUUAUUGAUGCCGUAGAGGCAAAGCUUAUCGAUCCCAAGAAUAAGACGAUCCAACUGUCUCGGCAAAGCAUUGUCCCAAUUGCUAAAGCUGUGGAGGAUGGACGAAUCCCCCGAGAAAUUGGUGAAAAACUUCGGCAAAUUGAUAAGCUAAACUUUGCCGAAGCACUGGGAAAGGGACUCAUUGAUGUGAGCUCCAACAUCUUCACAGAUCCAGAUACUGGAAAACAAAUCACCAUAGCACAAGCUAUUGAGCAGGGCUACAUCGAUACCGGCAAUGUUGAAGCUAUGGAAGGUUCUGAUGAAAAGAACCUUUGCAACGUUCUAAACUCUGAAGAGUUCGAUGAGAAUUCUGGUAGAAUACGUGACAAGCGCACCGGUCUGCACCUUACUUUCAAAGAUGCUGUUGAACGCGAGGUAAUCGACGGUGAUUCACUACUUCACGAUCUCGAAAGUGGACAAACACUGACCUUAAGGGAAGCACUCGCUCGUAAAAAAAUUGACAAUGAUGGGAAGUACAUAGCUGGGAACCUCAGGAUGACACUAAGAGACGCGGUCAAAGGAGGUUUGAUUGCCCUCAUUGCUUCGCCCAUGCAAGCUGCGCAGGCAGUGGCUGAAGCGGUGAAGCGACGCGAUGCUGAGGGAUACAAGUUCAAAAUUGAGAAUGUGGACGGAGGACAGAGGGGAAGCAGGACAAGUGUGCCGAAGUUCAGGGAAGAGAGCACUGUAAUACGAUUAACUCCUCAAAAGCAGGAACCCUCUCUUACGGUGAGGAUGCGCCAUUCUCAGACUAACGUCGGAGAUCGCGCCCGUAGCUUGAUUGACGAUCCCUCCACUCUCGCUGAUUUACAGCACGAAUUCCUCGCAAAUUUGGAAGCGAAUCGAUUUGACACUGAUGAGAAAGUUAUCACAAAUCCGUCCGGAGGUCAGCGGCUCUCAGUUCGCGAAGCUGCUGAAACUGGCCUUCUUGACGUUCUCACCGGCGAGAUAGUUGUCCCAGAUACUGGGCGACGGUAUUCUAUCCCAAAGGCUGUGCAUCUGAACUAUGUGCAAGGCGACGCCGCUAAACGAUUGAUGGAGUCAUUGAACAUGUCAAUCGAAGAGCUCAAUCUCGCUCAGCAACAAUCUGGCUUUUCACCAAGUGGAGCUGAAGGGGGAGUUUCUACGAAGACAUGGACAAAAACAGUGAACUGGCACGGACAACCCUCUGAGCUGAGAAAAUCACGGACGGACCCUCUUGCCGCUUAUACUACCUACUCAUCCAGCAGUGCAGAACGAACCCAAGACGCUCCAUCUUGGGCUCGAUGA